AUGGCAGAUCAAGCGGACAAGCCUGACACAAAGCAACCUGACCAUCAGCCCGACAACAUUGAAGUUUACAAGUAUGGUGACAAGAAUUUAGACGCCCCUGCCUACGCUAACGUCCUCAAAGAAGCUAAGGCAAAGCAGCGCGCGUCGUGGUGGGUUCGUUUCAACAUCCUGCUGACAACUGGCGCUGUGUGGCUCCAAUGCGUCCGCUGCAACAAGAUCCUUAGCGCUAAGAACCCGUCACAAGUUUGCUCUCAGCAAGUCAGAGCAUGCGAUAAGAAGCUGAUGGAGGCGGCUGCAGGAGGCUCCAGAAUGCCUCCCUCGCCCAGCCCGCAGCCUGGGCCUUCCACCACCCCCUCCACCGCUCCCCCUGCUGCUCCCUCCAACGAUCCGUCCGCCGGCCUGUCCGCUGGCCCCUCCGCUCCUCCCGGCCCCUUUGCCGGGUUUGAAUUUAGCGUACUGGUGUCUGUAUCCGUCUGGCGCCCUCCGUUUGGGCCUGAGGGCCGUUGUGUACCCCUGAGUACUUGGGACUCUCGUUCUAUUGAGGUUCCUGACGCAGAUUGUUGGGUUUGA